CCUUGAUCGAUGACUGAGGUCAUCGCCGUUCGUCGGUCGGAAGCGCGGCGAUGAUGAUGGAUGGCGACGGACCAAUGGCGCUAACGGAAUCCGCCAAGUUCCAGAAAUUUCCAAAUCCUCUCCUGUCCAAGCUCUCGCGAUCUUUUUUCGCCCAUAAAACUUUCUUCCUCCCCAUCCAUCCAACCAUCCAUCACCUUGCUCUUCUUCAUCUUGCUCCUUCUCGUUGCUUGCAUCUCCCUCCUGCAACUUCCUCCCCACACACACAAUCAUCAUGUUUUCCUCAAGGAUAUCACGAUCGGUUCUGCCGCGCGCAGCCUCGUCCUUCCGUCGCGCUCAAGCUCCCGCCUUCACAAAGCCAUUCGGCUCAUCAUGGGCGCGAGGCUACGCUGAGGGUUCCGAGGAGAAGGUCAAGGGCUCCGUCAUCGGUAUCGAUCUCGGAACCACAAACUCUGCCGUCGCUGUUAUGGAGGGCAAGCAGCCACGCAUCAUCGAAAACGCUGAAGGUACACGCACAACACCUUCCGUCGUUGGUUUCACCAAGGAGGGCGAGCGUCUCGUUGGUAUCGCCGCUAAGCGUCAGGCCGUCGUCAACCCCGAGAACACUCUCUUCGCCACCAAGCGUCUCAUCGGACGCAAGUUCACCGAUGCUGAGGUGCAACGCGAUAUCCAGCAGGUCCCCUACAAGAUUGUGCAGCACACCAACGGUGAUGCCUGGUUGGAGGCUCAGGGCCAGAAGUACUCGCCCUCGCAGGUUGGUGGUUUCGUCCUCGGCAAGAUGAAGGAGACCGCCGAGGCCUACAUGGGCAAGAACAUCAAGAACGCCGUCGUCACUGUCCCCGCUUACUUCAACGACUCCCAGCGUCAAGCCACCAAGGAUGCCGGUCAGAUCGCUGGUCUCAACGUCCUCCGUGUCGUCAACGAGCCUACCGCUGCCGCCCUUGCCUACGGUCUUGACAAGGCCAACGACAACGUCAUCGCUGUCUACGAUCUUGGAGGUGGUACUUUCGAUAUCUCUAUUCUUGAGAUCCAGAACGGUGUCUUUGAGGUCAAGUCCACCAACGGUGACACCCACCUCGGUGGUGAAGAUUUCGACAUCACCCUUGUCCGCCACCUUGUCCAGCAAUUCAAGAAGGAGCAAAACAUCGACCUCAACAACGACCGCAUGGCUAUCCAGCGUAUUCGUGAGGCUGCUGAGAAGGCCAAGAUUGAGCUUUCUUCCUCUUCCCAGACCGAGAUCAACCUUCCCUUCAUCACCGCUGAUGCCUCCGGACCCAAGCACAUCAACUCUAAGAUGACCCGCGCUCAGCUCGAGAAGUUGGUUGAUCCCCUCAUCUCCAGGACUGUUGAGCCCGUCCGCAAGGCCUUGAAGGAUGCUUCUCUCCAGGCCAAGGACAUCCAGGAGGUCAUUCUUGUUGGUGGUAUGACCCGUAUGCCCAAGGUCACCGAGUCUGUCAAGAGCAUCUUUGGUCGUGACCCCGCCAAGUCCGUUAACCCUGACGAGGCUGUCGCCAUUGGUGCCGCCAUCCAGGGUGCCGUCCUUGCUGGUGAGGUCACUGACCUUCUUUUGCUCGACGUCACUCCCUUGUCUCUCGGUAUCGAGACUCUCGGAGGUGUCUUCACCCGUUUGAUCAACCGCAACACCACCAUCCCCACCAAGAAGUCCCAGGUCUUCUCUACCGCCGCUGACUUCCAGAGCGCCGUCGAGAUCAAGGUCUACCAGGGUGAGCGUGAGCUUGUCCGUGAUAACAAGCUUUUGGGUAACUUCCAGCUUGUUGGCAUUCCUCCCGCCCACCGUGGUGUUCCUCAAGUCGAGGUCACCUUCGACAUUGACGCCGACUCUAUCGUCCACGUUCACGCCAAGGACAAGUCGACCAACAAGGAUCAGUCCAUUACCAUCGCCUCUGGCUCUGGUCUCUCUGAUUCCGAGAUUCAGUCUAUGGUUGACGAUGCUGAGCGCUACGGUGCCCAGGACAAGGAGCGCAAGUCUGCCAUUGAGGCUGCCAACCGCGCCGACAGUGUUGUGAACGACACUGAGAAGGCUCUCAAGGAGUUUGAGGACCGUCUCGACAAGGCCGAGGCUGAGAAGAUCAAGGAGAAGAUCGAGCAGAUGCGCGAGUUCAUCUCCAAGAGCCAGGCUGGCGAGGGUACUGCCACUGCCGAGGAGAUCAAGGAGAAGACCGACGAUCUCCAGAACGCCAGCUUGAGCCUUUUCGACCAGAUGCACAAGGCCCGCUCCGAGAACCAGUCCGGCGAGCAGCAGCAGCAGCAGCCCGAGGGUGAAGGCGAGAAGAAGCAGUAA